CGUAUUUGUUUCUCGUUCGCUACCUGGCGGUUUUGUGGAUCUUGCGAUGCCUGAGCCAGCUAAGUCUGCUUCUGCUCCGAAGAAGGGUUCCAAAAAGGCGGUGGCCAAGGCCCAGAAAAAGGAUGGCAAGAAGCGCAAGCGUAGUCGCAAGGAGAGCUACUCCGUGUAUGUGUACAAGGUGUUGAAGCAGGUUCACCCGGAUACCGGUAUUUCCUCCAAAGCCAUGGGUAUCAUGAAUUCAUUUGUCAACGACAUCUUCGAGCGCAUCGCGGGCGAGGCGUCGCGUCUGGCGCAUUACAACAAACGCUCAACCAUCACGUCCAGGGAGAUCCAGACGGCCGUGCGCCUGUUGUUGCCUGGGGAGUUGGCCAAGCAUGCCGUGUCCGAGGGCACCAAGGCUGUUACCAAGUACACCAGCUCCAAAUAAGCUCGCUCCCUCUCCAGUAACUCAAGGCUCUUUUAAGAGCCACCCACAUUGUCUCUUAAGGGUCUGUAACUCCAGACUUCAAAAUUAUAUUUAUGUAUGACCUAGGAAAGAGAAAAAGCUCUGAAAGCUUCGGAAAGUUAU